ACAGAUGGGGAAACUGAGGCAGAAAAGGGCAGUGACUUGUCCAAGGUCACCCAGCAACCUAGUGGCAGAGCCAAGAGUUUAACUCAGGCCUUCUGAAACCCAGUCCAGUGAUCCAGCCAAUAGGCAACACUGCUUCCUUUCUCUAGGGACCCUUUGUCCUGGGCAUUGCACAGACAUGGAACAAGUGACAGUCCCUGUCUCAAAGAGCUCACAAGCUGAGUUUGAUCAGAUGGAUCUGGUUGGUCAAACAAAUUGGCCAGACGGCUUUAUUUGUUUAGUUUCAGUUUCCAGGACAGGGUAAGAGUCCAGGGUGAGCGGCUACCCCAAUCCUGCUCUGAACCCCACAUUGUAUCCCCACGGGGAUCAGCUUCCAGGAGGGAGAAAAGAUCAGCCCCAGAUACAUUUCUAAUCUGGGCAGGGUCAGGGAAAAGCCCUCCUCAACAUGAGACCCAGAGCCUUUUUGGGAAAACCCAGGGCUGGCAGAGGCAGUUCCUCCGUUCACCUUCACAGCACGGUGGGGCUUUGACCCAAGACUAGCCCUAGAUGUGAACUAGGUCAGUCUUUUGUGUUGAUGCCCCUCAUGCUGACCAGCAUUGUCUCAUGGUUUUCUCGUGCUCCCCCAUUGGUCGUGUCUCGUGUUAUACUUAGAUUGUAAGCUCAGGGAGGCGGGGUCUAGCUUUUUGCUCUGUAUUUGUACAGUGCCUUGCACAAGGUCCAGGACUGGGGCUCCUAGCUGCCACUGCAGUCCAAAUACUAAAUCAUCAGCAAGAAGGCCUGGGCCCGAGUCUCGUGCCUGGGAGAAGGUCGUACCCUGCCACUCACGGGCUGUGCUGUGAUGUCAGAGCAGCCCUUCCGUGUCACAAUGUAACAGCCUCCGUGCCUCCCACUGGCCCCCAUCACAUCUUGCCCUUUGCACUAGGCAUUGUCGGCUGCCAGGUUUAUUCCUGGGAACUCUCUUGAGCCUUCAAGAGGUGAGCCUAGGCCAGAGAAGGGGGUGGCAGCUUGGGGCAGGGGUGGGCCUGAAAUCAUGGGCUCACCGUGCCCAGUCACACAGACUCUGACCUUGGUCCUUUUUUUACUCAGACAGGUCUGGGGCUAGGACAUGAGCUCCCAGGAGACCCCACAAGCUCGGAGAUUCCCCAUAGAGGCAGGAGAUUCUCCCAGCCUGGCAGCUGCUCCAGAGACCCAGGAGCCAGUUGCCACUGAGCACACUGCAGCAAGGCAGCUGAGAAGAUGCCCCGGGUGCCACUGCCUGACCCUGCCCAACGUUCCUAUUGACGUUUACAUUGCCAUGGGCGGGAACGGGAGGCCACGGACCACCUAACGGUUCCCCCAAGUUGGGCUCGAGUGCUGAGACCACCGAGCUGGUCACCCGAAACUCUCUGACAGCUGGAGAACCGCAAAGGACGCCGCCACACAAAACAGUGACGCACAUUUUAAUAAAAGGACAUCUUAGAAUGUU